AUGUAGCAUUCCGGAAAAUGGUUUUCCGGGAAAUGGGUUAUUCCGGAAAAUGUCUUUCCGGGAAAUGGGGUAUCCGGGAAAUGAUUUCCGGGAAAUGUCUUUCCGGGAAAUAGUAUAGAACCGCUCCUUCACGCCGUCAGUUCUAUCGGAUCAGUCUUGCUGUCGUCACUGGUGUGCCGGUUGUAAACGUGUUUCCAUCAACAAUAAUGGCUUCGUCCGAUUGUCAUCUGCACAUCAACAGCCUUUCGAAUUACGUUCUGCGGGAAAUAUUCAGCUAUCUUCCUCUGAAAGAUCGCAAAACGGCCGCAUUGGUUUGCCGCCUUUGGGAGCAGGAAGCAUUCUCUGUACCGUUGUUAGCCAAUGUUCAACUUUGCAUAAACUUUAAAAAUCAUCGGGAGGCAAUUCAGGAAGUAAUGCAGAAUUGUGCAAGAUGUUAUCGAAACGUCGCGGUGUGGUAUAUGUAUCCUGAUUCGUUUACAACCAUCGUGGGCAUUUUGGAUAAAUUUGGGACGACGAUAGAACGAUUCACAAUGAAUGACCGCUGUACGGCAGCGCAGUUAAAGGAAUUGGCAGAAAGGAUGCCUAAUUUAAAGAGAAUGACGACUGGUGUGAUAGUAAUGCAAGACCUUCCAAAUGAACCACUGGAGUUUCCAGUUUUGAGCAGGUUGCAUGAUGUGGGAGUGAGGUUCUGGCAAGAUGAUGUACUGGAAAGUGACCAGUUUGAUGUACUACGAAUGGCGCCGAACAUGCAGCGUUUGAGUAUAUCAUCCCAUGCCUACAGCAAGAAUGUGCGGGUGUUCGAGGUGUUGGAACGCUGUUCAAACCAGCUAAGGUCUUUGUAUCUGUACAUGUGUUGUGAUGUAUUUCCCAGUAAAGAGCUGCGAUUCGAAAAACUGGCUGUUCUCAAGCUACGACUACAACCAUACAAUAACAAUGGCUAUAGACUGUAUCAGCUAUUCCAAGGCUUAAAGGAGUUGAAGGCAGUUCAUUUGGGUUUUAUCAUUACUAAAUCCACGCUUGCAGCCAUAUGCCACAGCUGUCCUAAACUGGAAACACUAGACAUAAGAACCGAUGGUUUCGAAGGCGGUGCGUUGAAGUGCUUGCAUAAUUUGCCAAACCUUCAGAUUUUCAAGACCAACCGUCUUUGUUUGUCUUCAUUGGAACCAUAUAAGCCAUUCAAUAGCGUCAGAGAACUGCAGUUUCAUGUGGAUGAUUCUUAUUUUAAUGACGAGGAUUACGCGGCCAAUCUAUAUGAAGUUUUUCCAAAUGUCUGCAGCAUGAAGAUAAUCACUCAGGUACACCACAUCAUCGUUUGCCCAACGGUUAAAGAACAAAUUCACAGAGCUUUCAACUACUUGAUAAAACUGUCAAUUAUUGAAGCACUUUGUCCAUUUUCACUCAUCCAUGAGGGAGACGAUCCUGGCCUUUUCGGAAGCUUCUGUACACGAAAAGAAACAAGUUGUACGGUCGAUUUAAAUUUAGAAUGAUUCUGAUGAACAUGUUUAUCAUCUGAAGGCCAACAAAAAUAGUUUCGAUGAAAUCAACCCAAAAUAUGUUUUUAAUUGAUACAGGGGAUACUCAAAAUAACUGGGACAGGUAAAAUUUUCACUUUUCAAAAAAUGUUCAACUCGCUGUAACUUUUCGAAAAGGGCAUCAAAUAUUCUCAAAUUUUCACUGUAAGUUCAUCAACUAGUUGUGUAUCAGUGGUUCAAAUUUGGUAAAAUUCGGGCCAUUCUACAAGAAGUUAUAAAGGUUCUAGAAAAAGGUAUAAUUAUUCGAUAGCCAACUUUGAGCUGUUAUAUCUCCGGAUUCAAUUAACCGAAUGCAAUGAAAUUUUGAUCAUUUAUGACUAAUAUAAUGAACUUUGAAAAACAGUUGACCUUAUUUGAAAUUAUUAAUAAGAAAAAAAGUUAUGGCAAUUUCAUUUACUCUAUGUUUUUUUUAGUAAAUUUAUAUAUUUUUCAUAUAUGUACAUCCCAUUACUUUUUCAAUUUAUUGCCGGCUAUUUGGUUGCUUUCCUUUAAAACAUAAAUAUAUUCAAAUCAAUUAGAAGGAAUUUAAAUGAACUAUAAUUACUAUCUCGAAUUUUGGAGCGAUGAUGAAGUUUUGGAUAAAUUGGUGUUAUAUUAUAAAAAUAAUCUUAUCGUAAUAAUUUUCUUUCGUGUAAAGAAUUUUAAGUUUUGACCUGAAUGACCAUUUUUGGUUAAAAGGUCGUUAAAAUAAAUAUAAAAAAAAAUUAAGUUAAGUCAAAAGUUUUAGAUAGCUCAUUAUGUAAGUCAUAAAUGAUCAAAAUUUCAUUGCAUUCGGUUCAUUGAAUCCGGAGAUAUAACAACUCAAAGUUGGCUAUCGGAUAACACUAGUUUACAGCAUUUUUGAACUCGGUAAGCUGAUGAUCAUUUUUGGUGUAGAAUCAUGCCCUGAGUUCGAAAACGCGAUUGAAAAAAAUUACAGUAGAGCGGAAUUUUUUUCGACUUUCCAUACAAAGUUGAUGAUUCGAAAUCGAUUUUUGUUCUAUUUUUAAGCAAAGUCGCUUACUUCACACAUCUCAUUCUCCGUAAUCAAUGCUCCGAUUGAGCUGAAAUUUUUACUGUAACUCGCCUACAUAUGAUAUGUCAAAUAAACGUCGAGAAAGAAAUUUUAAAUUGUUUUUUUCUUAUUGAAAAAAAUACAUUUCUUCAAAAUUUUUUGGGAAUUUAGCUAAAAUUUAAGGAGAUUGUCCCUAAAACUCACCUAUGUCUUGAAUUUCAUCAAUCUGACGCAAAACCUGUAUUCAGAUGAUCGAAUGGUAUUGUAUUCAGUUUUUAAUUUAUGGAAAAGGAUUAAAAAUUGGUUGAACAAAACGCAAUAUAUUUGAAUUUAGCAAAUUACUUAUUUAGAAAAGUUACAAAACUCGAUAAUGAGCUUAAACUCAAAAACUGUUCGACUUAAAAUUUUUUGAAGGUCGGUUUCGAAAUCAGCGCUAUAUUGUGCUUCAAAAAUUCUGGUCAUUGACAGAAGUUCACGACUUUCGUUUUAUUUUGUAAACUAGUGUAAUUAUAUCUUUUUCUAGAACCUUUAUAACUUCUUGUAGAAUGGCCCGAUUUUUACCAAAUUUUGACUACUGACACACAACUACUUGAUGAACUUACAGUAAAAAUUUGAGAAUAUUUGAUGCCCUUUUCGAAAAGUUAGAGUGAGUUGAACAUUUUUUGAAAAGUGACAAUUUUACCUGUCCCAGUUAUUUUGAGUAUCCCCAAUCACAUGUAUUGUAGAAGCUGUAGGCGGAAAAUUUCGGAAAUCAUAGCAGAAAUCCGUCGGAAAAUCCCCAAUUGCUUUGAUCAUUGCACGCACUAUGGGGAUUAAUCAAGAACGGGUUUUAUCUACAUUCCCGACGUUUCGGCCUGGGGAUUUGGCCUUUUUCAAGGGUCGUAGUGUCUACCGUCUAUCGGUUUCGGGGCCUUUGCCGAAACGUCGGGAAUGUAGAUAAAAACCGUUCUUGAUUCAAAGACUGGGGAUUUAAUUUGGUAAAACAGUUGAAAAAGUUACCAGUUUUAAAAGUAGCCGUAGGAGUACUUGGUAUAAAAGUAGUGUCAUUAAAUA